GUUGGCGGAGCAUUUGCACACGGCAGUGUUGUCUCGGCAUGGCUGCAACUUUGCGCAUGGACCGAAUGGAUUCGACCAGCCCAAAACGGGGAAGCGCUUUGAGUCCAAAGAGUCCUGGCAGUCCAUCGAGCCCUUUCAACUUGAAAUCAACUACCAGGGCCUGGAGUGCUCCGAGUCUCCGCGAUUGGACCUCUGAGUGGGACAGCGACGUCGUUCUCGCUGCUGCUCCUCGGUACAGCUUUGGCGAGAGUGGCCGAGCAGAAUUGUACACAGAUGGGAUCGUGAAGAGAAAGACUCGCAUCACCUUCCUUGACCAUGCGAGCAGAGCAAAGGCAAGUGUACCAGGUCCCGGUGCUUACAGGAGCUUGCGGCUUGGGGAUCCUGAACCAUCCAAGGAUGUAGGGCAUUUUGACAAGAGCUUCUCCCUGGGAAAGCUGCGAGACAGGAAAAUCCCCACUGGACUUGUUGGUCAUAGCGACCGGAUCGCAAGUCACACAACUUUGAAAAAGGUGGAUGAACGAAACAGGAUCCUUUUGCCGUCGUCAUUCCAGACGCCUGGUCCUGGUGCGUACACAGCUUACACAAGCUUCGGCUCCCCAUCCGGCCCUACUCGAAAGCGUUUUUUGGCAACCAAUAGAGGAGACAACGUUGGCCGCGCGCGAUCCGCUGAGAAGUUUCAUCGGCAUUCCGAAAGGUGAAAUCUUGCAGGAAGCCAAUCAAGCCGUGCUCCAAGUGAGGAUUUUCUGCAAACAUUUUUCAAGGUGAAAAGCUACAUCGAAAGAUGCCGUGUGAUUUUUCAUGGUGCCAAGGAUGGUUUCCAAAUCUCUUCAAUAUUUCAAUGUUGCUUCAAACUUGGAAUUGCUGCUUCAUGUCUCUUUCUAAUUUGCAGAAGCACUUCCGUGCGGCGACAGUGUUUUAUAGUUAACGCUUCUCAUUUUCAUGCGGCAGAGCAUCGAACACUGGGCUGCCGAUUGAGCUGGUGGAAGCCCAGUCUUCAUGAUCUUCAAAGCCGCUUUAUGUAUAUAGAAGCCCAAAGGGCAACGUGUAUCCAGUGUAUCCUGUGACAUUAUGCUUUCAAAUGGAACAAA